AUGAAUAGUCUCUUUAAGGGAGAAAAUUUAACUUUUGAAUGUAGAGGGUGUCCUUAGGGAAUAAAUUUAUAGAAUACUUUGAAUCAAACAGGAAAGAGAUUUGAAAGCAGUAAUUAUUAUUUAGGUAAUAUUAGAACAUUAAUUUAAAUCUAUAUCUUCUAAUAUUAACAAUACUAAUUUUGCCACAAUAACUAAAAAUCAACAAGUAAUUACUUAUGGCUGGGAUGGUGAUUAAUUUAAUAUAUUUAAAUCAUAUAAGAUUGACUAAAUUGAGUAUCAUUGCUUUAAUGUUUUUUAUACUUUUGAUAAUAGUGUUUUAUUAGAUUGUUAUCAUUAAAAUAAAUUGCUUUUAUGUUAUCUUCAAAAUGACACAUUAAUCAGAGUCUAUAAUUAGUAAAGUUAGAUGCCAAUAUCAACGAAAAUAAUUUAAAUGAUAAAUUAAACUUAAGUAUAUACACUCUAUGGAUAGUAUUAUGAAGACUAUUAAUUAUUAACUUUGUUCAAAGAUAAAAAUUAUUCAUUUUUAAAUAUAUCAACAUGGCAAUAAGGAUUUUAAGAUUUUAUAUAAUCAUAAGGUUUAAACAGAACAAAUUUUAUUUAUUUGAGCAAUAAUACUAAUUUACUUUAGAUAAUUAUAAAUGAAUCUGAAAAUUUUUAAAUCCUUUCCUAAUUUAACUUAAAUGCUGAAAUAAAAACAUUUACAGUUUUCUCAAGCCUUUCUAAGAAUUCAUAAUGUGAUUAAUUAAUCGUACUUUUAGAUUAAGAAUUAAAUAAGAAUUUGUGGCAUUUUUUAGCUUGUUAAUAACUUUUUAUUGAAUAUCGUAAUUAUAGACUAAGUCUAAAUGGCCUCAAUACAUAAAAUAUCUAAAUCUUUGCAAAUGAUGAAUUUUUAAUCCUUUAAUUGGAUUAAUAUAUCAGUAUUCGUUAGAUAGAUUUUCCAGAGAGAAUUUUAAAAGAAGCUAUUUUAGAAAAAAGUGAGAAAUUUAAUUCAACAAAAUUCCUUUAUUUUGAUAAAUCAAAAAGCAUUUUAUUUGAAUUUGGGAUCCAAUUGAUUGCUUAUUUAGUUGCCAUACCAAAUUUAAAUGGGUUUUUUGCUAAUAAUUCAAUUUCUUAGAAUUUUACAAUUUAUCGAACAAUAUUUGAUUUAAUAGAUCCUCGAUGUCAAGUUUAAUUAUAAUUUAUAUUGCUAAGUGAAAAAGAUUCAUUGAUUUAUCAAUAAUUUAGUUCUAAUCCUGAGAAAGAUUAUAUAGUAAUUAAUAAAGGUUAUUACUAAAUAAUAGAAAAUUAUUCUGGAUCAUUAUUAAAAUUAUAAAGCUAAUUUUCAGAAUAAUUUGUUGGAGAGUUUGAAUCAGCAGUGCUUUAAAAAGUUAAAUAAAACUUUACAAAAAAUUUUUAACUUGCUACUAUGAUGUAUGUUAAUCAAAAUCUUCCACAAUUGUUCAUAGCUGGAAUUAUUGAACAAUAAAUCUUUUUUUAUCUUUAUACUCCAUAAUUUUAUUGCCAAUAGAAUUAUCAAGAGAAUUUAAAUCAAUCGAAUUUUUAGUAAAUUUAGAUGGCAUACAAUUCUUAAGGUUCUGUUUUAAUUGGUGUUUCCUUUGAAUCAAAUUAAAUAUAGCUAUUUUCUUAUAACUUCACAAAUUUUACUAUAAAUUAAGCUAUGAUCAUGAUCCCCCCAUAUAAGUCUUUUUUAUUAAAUUAUAAUUGUAUUAUAAUUUUAACAAAAAGAAAAGAAAUUCUUGUAUUUUCUUAAGAUUUAAAUAUUAAAUAUCAUUUAAAAACCGACAAUAUUUAAUAAUUUUACCAAGAAGUAAUAUUAUUUAGACCUGUAGCUAUAGCCUUAAAUUAAUAAGAUUAAUCCUCAUUAUUAGUAAUAGGGAAUGAAAAUUAAAUUUUAAUCUUCUCUAUAACGAAUAGUGCUAUAUUGAUUCCCAUAUGCUUUUAAAAUUUGGACUUAUUUAUUUUGGAUAUAAAACUGGUUAAGAAUAAAAUAAUAGUUAUUUAUAAUGAUUAUCUUUUAAAUGUAUGUUUUUAAGUGUGGGAAUUUGUAAAUUUGAAAUGUCUUAAUUUUCAACAAAAUUUAAGAUGUAUUUCAUAAAUAUAAUAUUAAACAUCCUAUAGUGAUAAUUAAUUUUUUUAUGUCAAAUUAAAUUCAGAUAAUAUGCAAGUAUAUAAUCCAAGUUUACCUUAACACAUGUCCCUAUAUUAAAGUUUUCCUUUCAACUCAAGUUAUUUGGCUUGCACUUAUAUUGAAGAGUUUUCUCUUUUAUUAUUAAAUAAUAAUCUUUAUCAUUUGUACCCCAUUAUAACUAUGAGAUUUUCUCCAAAUAAUACUUUAUAAUAUCCAACUUAUGAGAAGGUUGUUUUUUACUUUUUUAAUAUUACAACAGGAAUUAAUGAAAAUGUUUAUUAAAAUACUUAAAAUUAUACUUUGAGAUUAAUCAAUUGCUUUAUUAAUAUUACACUAAAGGAAUAUAAUAAAAAUAUCGAAAAAGAUGAAGUCGUUGUUCUAAAUUCAGAAAUUUUAUCUAACAGUUCUUAAAUAGUUACUUACAGUCUAAUAAAUAGUAGUAGCUAUGAACAUAGUCAAUGUGUUAUUUAUAAUUCAGUAACUUACAACUAGAAUAUUACUUACAAUGUAAUUUUUAAUAUUCUUACUGCUGUUAAUGGAUUAUUUGUGCUAUAAAGUAACAAAAUAUUACAUAUAGUCGAAUCAUAAGAUUAUAACCUUUAAUUAAAUCAAAUUGAGGAAUGCUUUUAAUCCUAUGCAUAUUAUUCUACAUUAUAUUCAAUUUGUUAAAAUAAAUUUAACUAAUUAGUUGUAAUAUCAUUUAUAAUAUAUGAUUAAAGUAUAUAAGAAUAAUAAACUUAUGUUAUAGAAACAAAUCAAAUUAUUCCAAAAUAAUUUGUUGUUUUAUUUGAGUUAUAUUUUAUUUUAGGAUAAAUAAAUGGUGAAGUUGAUAUCUUUAUCUUUAAUCCUAAAAAUAAUACUAUUUCAAUAUUAACAAAUUGUAAGGAUUGUACGUAUUUUAGUCUUACUAAUUUUAGAAAUAUAACAAAGGCUUCAGAGUAGAUUUCUUUAAUUGGAGUUUUUUAUGUGUGCUCUUCUUAAUUGUAUUACAAAAUACUAAAUUAUAAUCAAAACACUUAAGAAAUAAUUUUUCAAACUAGAGAUAUGAAGUUAUAUUUCUUUAAAAUUCCAGAAAUCUAAUCCUUAAUGCCAGUUUAAGUACUUGUUGUUAAAAAUUUCUAUUCAGAAGUUGUUUUAUUAUUAACAACUUUAAACCAUUUUACUAUAAUAAUUUCUAUAUCAUAUGAUUUUUCAAAAUCGUAAUUUAAACCAUAAUAAAUAAUAUCAUCCAUUCCUCCUUAUGGAAAUUUUACAUUAAAGAAUUCAUAAUUAUCUAAUGGGAUUUUAAUGAAUACUUAUCAAAAUCAUUCACUCUCAUUUCAUUAUACGUUUUAUAACUUAACUCAAAUUAAUAUUGCUAAUUUUAAUAUUCCAUUGUUAAUGUUUGGAGGCUCACCUCCACAAGAUUUUCAAUAAUUAAAUGCUUUUUUUUAUGAUUAAUAAAAUCACUAGGGUUAGCUUCUUUUAUUUAAUGGAAGUUAAGGAAGUAUUUAUGAUAUUAUUCCUAUGUCAAUUAUAUGUAGUUUCAAUUUAAGUAUAUUUGAAAAAUCAGAAAAAUUUAGAUAUUAAUUAUAAGCUCAAAAUGCAUUUGGAUAGAAUGGAACAGAACUUAUUUUCUCUUAUUCAAGAAAUCAAGAUAAUUGGGCUUAUGGCUUAAUAUCUAUUGUAGCCAUUUGUUUAAUAUUAGCAAUCUAUACUUAUUUGAAAAAGGUAAAAAACUUAAAACCCGUUAAUUAUGAUGAAGAAGAUGAAUUUGAACUAUGA